GUGAAAGUCGACAGUAUGAACACAACCUCAGAUUAACUUCGUAAAAGCGACUGAUUCGAGCUCAGGGGCUCGAUCAUGACUCAUGGCAGUGACUGCUGUACAGCAGCAGAAGAUGGAGCAGAGAGUGACCAGCAGCAGCCUCUCAUUCUGGAAAGAGUGGAGAAAGAGAAGGGAAAAUCCUGUCGAACCGCUGCGUUACGUCGGUUGAAGAAACACUGCUCGUGCACCCCAAAGAAGGCUAAAUCCAAGAUACUGGGCUUUUUCCCAAUUCUGAAAUGGCUGCCACGCUACAAGCUCAGGGACUGGAUUCUGGGCGAUGCCAUGUCAGGACUGAUUGUUGGAAUCCUUUUGGUCCCACAGUCUAUAGCUUACUCCUUAUUGGCCAGUCAGGACCCUAUAUAUGGUCUCUACACUUCUUUCUUCUCCUCCAUCAUCUACGCCCUCUUAGGCACUUCCAGACACAUCUCAGUGGGGAUUUUUGGGGUGCUCUGUCUGCUUGUGGGCCAGGUUGUGGACAGGGAGUUGGCUUUGGCAGGGUACCUCACAGAGAGCAGCAUCACCAGUAGUAAUAACAGUGCCGUCCUGCUGGCUGGCCAGGGGAAUGGCAGCGUCGGGGUGGAAUGUGACAGAAGCUGCUAUGCGAUCACAGUGGGAGCCACAGUUACCUUUACCGCUGGGGUUUACCAGGUGCUCAUGGGCAUUUUCCAGGUAGGCUUCGUCUCCGUCUACCUCUCUGACUCCCUUCUCAGUGGCUUCGCUACAGGAGCCUCCCUGACCAUCCUCACUUCCCAGUUCAAGUACCUUCUGGGUCUGAAGAUCCCCAGGCCCCAGGGUUGGUUCACUCUAUUCAAGACCUGGUACAGCCUCUUCACCAACCUGGGGAACACAAACAUUUGUGACCUGGUGACCAGUUUGGUGUGUUUGCUUGUACUGAUACCUACCAAGGAGCUCAAUGAUCGCUUCAAAGCCAAGCUAAAGGCCCCAAUUCCCUUUGAGCUCUUUGUGGUGAUAAUUGCGACACUGGCUUCUCACUUUGGCCACUUCAACACAGAGUAUGGGUCCAGUGUGGCCGGCGACAUCCCCACAGGCUUUCUCCCUCCCCAGUUGCCCUUAUGGUCUCUGAUUCCCAACGUGGCUGUUGACGCCUUCUCCAUCGCCAUCGUGGGAUUCGCCAUCACCGUGUCACUGUCAGAAAUGUUCGCCAAGAAGCACGGCUACACAGUGGACGCCAACCAGGAGAUGUACGCCAUCGGCUUCUGCAACAUCCUGCCAUCGUUUUUCCGCUGCUUCUCCACCAGUGCUGCUCUGACCAAGACCCUCGUCAAGGAGUCAACAGGGUGCCAGACUCAAAUGUCAGGGCUGGUCAGCGCCCUCGUCCUGCUGCUGGUGCUUCUAGUUAUCGCACCGCUCUUCUAUUCCCUUCAGAAGUGUGUACUUGCCGUCAUCAUCGUGGUCAACCUCCGUGGUGCUCUACGAAAGUUCACCGACAUUCCCCGCAUGUGGCGUGCCAAUCGGGGCGAUACCUCCAUCUGGCUGAUCACCAUGCUGACCUCAUCGCUGGUCAACACGGAGCUGGGUCUCCUCGUGGGGGUUUUGGUGUCAGCCUUCUGCGUACUAGGCCGAACCCAGCAAGUCCAGGUCCUGGAGCUGGGCCGGGCUGCAACCAGGGAGCAUUACGAGGACCUGUCAUCUUACCGCGGCCUUCAGACGCAUCCAGGAGUGGCUGUUUUCAGAUACGAGGCUCCGAUCUAUUACGCCAACCAGAGCUUGUUCAAAAGAUCCCUCUACAAGCGCGUAGGGCUCGACCCUGUGAGGGAGAAAACACGGCAUUUAAAGUUCAAGAAGAAGAAGAGCAAACAGCAGAAAGAGGUCGCAAAAGAUCCAAAUAUGAAGUCAGAGGGGAAGAAUGCCUGUAAAGAUGAGGAAGCUGAAGCUACUGCGACUGUAAACUUGAUGCUUGACGAGAAAUCUCGUAGCUUGCACAGCAUAGUGAUAGACUGCAGUGCCAUCUUGUUUCUAGAUACCGCUGGAGUGAAUGCUCUGAAAGAAGUCCGCAAAGAUUACGGAGAACUUGGGGUCAAAGUUGUCCUGGCCCAGUGUAAUACCUCACUACUGGACACUCUGGAAAGAGGGGGAUACUACCCCGACACAAAAGGAGGUGAUGGAGGGGAGAACAGCAUUGUAUUCUUUACCAUCGCAGACGCCGUCCGCUACGUCCAAAGCCUCUCUGCUCCUAAUGGAGACUGUGACACCAAAUGCUAAGGAGAUAAUCUAUCUGUCCAAAUAUCUAUGUUUACAUGUAUGCAGUGUACAACUCACAUGAUACAAAAAUUCAUUGUUGCCUAUGUGCCUUAUAAUGCGACAGUGGUAGCAGCAGUUACGAAGAAGAGAUGAAGGAUAGUUACACAAAGGAAGGACUUCAGUAGACAAUUCUUUACUUAAUACUGCUUCACCAUGUUAAACGCUAAAAGAUUAAAGUCCUCCUUAUAGAAAUGGAGCCGACGUACAUAAAACUUAAUAGUUCAAACUGAAACUCCAUCUGUACUUUGAGAAUCAUUUCCUCUUUUUUGCACACAGUCAUCCAGAAAUACAACAUACAUUUAUUUAGAGCCAUCUCAAUUAGGAAUAAUGAAAAUUUUUGAUUCCAUUAUUAAUGUUCCUGCAAUAUUCACAUGCAGAGAGGCUACGAAUUUAUAUAGUUAAGGACUAUAGUUAACUGAAAUUAAAUAUUCUUUCAUGCAGCCCUAAAUUGUAGAGUUCACAUAAUAAUAUGUGUCGUAGGGUGGGGUGUGUGCUUUGAGGGGAACUUUGAAUUUCAGAAUUCAUUUAAGUUUCAGUUUAGUUUGAAGCGUCAUGAUUAAUCAUUUGAAAGGUCUUGCUGUUAAAAUCAAUAUAUGCAAUCUUUCUAUCACAGGAAUCACAGGUGAAAAAUUCCAUAUUAUCUUUAUUAUAAUAUUUAUUUUAUAAGAAUUAGCCAGACUGUACCUGAACAUGAAUGUACCUAUAAUGCAGUUUUCUCUCAUAGGAGCCAUAAUCAAGGGAAAAGUUUGGGGUUUUUUUCCAGUGAGAAAGCCUUGGUCAUGUUUACAAAGCUUUUAAGCAAUAAAUUAUCAGCGAUGGGAGACAGACAAACACAUUUACUUUGCAUUUUGCAGCCUUCAUAUAUUUAAAACUGCAGUUUCUUGACAGAUGCCUAUUCAGUGCCUAUACUGUACAAAUGUUUUCAUACCAGGUCAUUUCGCAUAUAAAUGCCAGUCACCUUUUACUGUUGUAACUGUAAAACCUAAGUGUUUUCUUUUUCUUCCAGAGCGCAAUUAGUUCAUGAUCCACAAUCUUAUUACCAAAAGAUUUAUCUGUUAUCUCAUAAAUAACCUUGUGGGCCAGGACUGAUUGUGUCACUUUGAUCUACUGCUUUACGUUUGUUCCAUGUUUGCUGAGGGUGACACCAUUACUGACGUAGCUUUAGCCUGUGUUACUGUAGCUUGGUAAAUACACAGUUGUCAGCCGGGUGAUGAAUGGGGUCAGAGUUUGAAAAACUUCUGUAAUGAACGCGGUGUGAGAUUUACAGCAAAACAUCUAUAACAUGAUUGCACCUUUGAUUUGCAAAACAUACCUCUAAAGUGAAGUUUUAUUUAAAUAACUGGGUCCAUUCCUGCCAGAAAGGCCAGGGUUGGAUACAUGACAAUAUGCAAGAACUAAAGGUGUGACUGCAAAAUUAGUUAAACAAUGUUCCAAACAUUACAGCGGAAAGGACAGGAUGUUCUCGACAGUCAGUUUACGCCUGAAAAAACAGCAGGUCGUUCUACAGAUGGAGGGAAUUUAGUGUUUUUGCUCAAGGACCUCUGCAGGACAGUUACUGCCACAGAGGACUGAAUCAGGUCAUCUAAGGCAAGAGCAAUCCAGAUUUGUUUCACACAGUCCUCACUAAAGCCUUUUAUGAAAACAGAAAAAAGGGAAACUGAUGCAUGUUGGAGAUGAACUCAGACGAUACUACUGUGUUGUCUGGAUUUGUGUUUGUAGCUUCACUUGUUUCUUAAACCAAACUUAGUGCAUUAAACUACCUACUAACAUUAUUUACAUAGCACUUGUAAAAAGUUACAAAGUUGAUAUUAAUUCAGUUAUUUCAUAAAGUAGUGACAUGUUACAUUCAGGAGUGAAAUAAAAAAAAUUUGUAGUCUUUUGCAGUAUAUAGUAGUUUUUUAUUUUUCAUUUACCAAAGAUGUAACUGCACAAAAGCUGUCUACAUGAAGUUUUGGGGUUACAGUAACUUUCAUCUGCUUUUUAUCCUGAAGCUAAACUGAAUGUAAAAGUUUAAUCCAGAUUCAGGUCUGUUUUUCUUUACUUAUCAUGUCAUAUCUAUAUAUGUUUAUGACACUGCGGCUGUACAAUUUACUCCAAUGUUCACUUUCUUAUACCCUAUAAUUAAAAAUAUUAUAUUGUAAUAUAUUUACAUAUA